UAUGAUUUGCAGAGGAAACGUGACGCUAACGCCGAGACUCGGCCUUUUAUUUCCACGCAGCGACGUAGUACUAUCACGAAAGGUCUCGCUCGCUAGCUGCCGUCCCCGCCCGCCUGCCGCCUCGUGCCCUCGACACGACACGACACGAUGGCCGCGGCCGCGCCAUCCCGCCACCGCCCCGAGGGACCUCCCUCGGAGGAGGAGGCGGCGAGGGACUGGGCGGGGCUGCCGGGGGACGCGCUGCUGGCGGUGCUCCACAGGCUAGACCACGUCGACGUCCUCAUGGGGGCCGGCCAGGUGUGCAGCCCCUGGCGCUGCGCGGCGCGGAACGAGCCGGAGCUGUGGCGCCGCGUCGAGGUGCGCUCCCACGCCGACCACCGAUCUCACGUCGCGGCGCCCUCCCGCGCCAGACGCCACUCCUGCUCCGUCCUCUGUGGGCUGGCGCGCGCCGCCGUCAGGCGUGCCGCGGGGCAGUGCGAGGCCUUCUGCGGCGAGGGCGCCGUGGACGACAGCGUCCUCUCCCUCCUUGCCGACUCGGCGCCUUCGCUGAAGAGCCUCCGGAUCAUCUCCGGCGACAGGAUCGUCGACGAGAGGCUCAGCCUCACCAUCACGAACUUCUCCCUGCUGGAGGAGCUGGAGCUCUCGCUUUGCACCGACGUCUACCCGGGGACGUGCGAGGCCGUCGGCACCGCCUGCCCUCUCCUCAAGCGCUUCCGUCUGAGCAAGAAGCAGUUCUGCAAGUGGAACACCAAGAACAUCGACCAGGAGGCCAUGGCCAUCGCCACCAUGGGCGGGCUGCGGUCGCUUCAGCUCUUCGCCAACCCUCUCAGCGACGACGGGCUGGCGGCCAUCCUUGACGGAUGCCCGCGCCUCGAGUCUCUCGACAUCCGCCACUGCUUCAACGUUGGGAUGGGCGCUGCUGCGAUCCGAGCACGGUGUCCUGGGAUCAAGACGCUGAGGCUGCCGGAUGACUCCACGAUCGAUUACGAUCUGAAGUUUUCUCCCCCGGAUAUGACCCCGUGGAACACCCAGGAUGAGCAUCAAUGUGAUUGGCACGAGUUGGUCUAUUUCAGUUCAUGGUAGUCUAGUGUACUGGUGUGCAGCUUCCCCACAAGAUACCGCUGCUGUAAGUAGGAGUACAACCAAAUGGACGGGUUAAUAAUGGCAAUGAUACUUUUUUUUGGUUC